AUGGAGGAACUAGGGAUCUCGGGUCCAUUGGAGAGCAAUGGACAUGCUAAUGGUAAUGGUGCUGGCAAUGGAAAUGUGAAAUCAUAUGCAAAUUUGCUCGAGCAGCUCGGGAAUAGUAAAGUAUUUAGCAUGCAAGGCAAUAACGAUGUUUACCUGCGUUUGAAAAAGCUUGAAAAAGAAUUAGAGCUGCUGAGCUUGCAGGAAGAAUAUAUCAAGGAUGAGCAGCGACAUUUGAGACUCGAGCUAAGUAGGGCUCAGGAGGAAGUGAAAAGAAUUCAAUCUGUCCCCUUGGUGAUAGGUCAAUUCUUGGAAGCAAUUGACCAGGAUACAGGUAUUGUAUCGAGCACAACAGGUAUGAACUAUGUGGUAAGAAUAUUAUCUACAUUAGACCGUGAGCAAUUGAAGCCUUCUACUUCUGUGGCUUUGCACCGUCACUCAAAUGCCUUGGUCGAUAUAUUGCCACCUGACUCCGAUUCGAGUAUAUCGGUUAUGGGAGAGAAUGAAAAACCAGAUGUUACAUACGCUGAUGUCGGUGGUCUAGACAUGCAAAAACAAGAAAUAAGAGAAGCUGUGGAAUUACCAUUGGUACAAGCAGACUUAUACGAACAAAUAGGUAUUGAUCCUCCAAGAGGUGUGCUAUUGUAUGGUCCUCCAGGUACAGGUAAGACAAUGUUAGUUAAAGCUGUGGCAAAUAGUACAAAGGCUGCAUUUAUUAGAGUAAAUGGUUCUGAAUUUGUUCAGAAAUACCUGGGUGAAGGUCCUAGAAUGGUUCGUGAUGUUUUCAGGUUGGCAAGAGAAAAUUCUCCUUCGAUUGUUUUCAUAGAUGAAGUGGAUUCCAUUGCUACGAAACGUUUCGAUGCUCAAACUGGUUCUGAUCGUGAAGUUCAACGUAUUUUGAUUGAAUUAUUAACCCAGAUGGAUGGUUUUGAUCAAUCCACUAACGUUAAAGUUAUUAUGGCUACCAACAGAGCAGACACAUUAGACCCAGCUCUUUUGAGACCUGGUAGACUUGAUAGAAAAAUCGAAUUCCCAUCUUUGCGUGACAGAAGAGAGCGUCGUUUAAUUUUCGGUACAAUUGCAAGUAAAAUGUCUUUGGCACCUGAGGCAGAUCUUGAUUCUUUGAUCAUCCGUAAUGAUGCCAUAUCUGGUGCAGUAAUUGCCGCAAUUAUGCAAGAAGCUGGUCUACGUGCAGUCAGAAAGAACAGAUAUGUGAUUUUACAAAGCGAUCUUGAGGAGGCUUAUGCUGCACAAGUUAAAACCGACAGCGAUGUUGAUAAAUUUGACUUCUAUAAAUAG